UAUAUAUUACACAAGGAUAGUCAUUCUGUUCACUGCCAGACUUCACGAUACAAGCUGCACUGAAAACAUGGCCUUAUUCUCUGUUUUAAUUAUUUUAGCCUGUCUGCAUGUCGACAGUGUAAGGAGCGCUAUUGGUUCUACAGAAGUAAACUGUGGAAGUGGAAGUAAUAUCGCUCUAGGGAGAGUCGAGGAGGGAUUUGAAGGAGAUAUAGAGAUUAUCACUAACAUCAGUCCAGAUGUUCGUCUGGUUCUGGAGCCACAUCUCUGUAGCCUUUGUAUGAAAUAUGUGGAACUGGUUUACUCUGAUGGAGACUCAACCGCGACUGUACGGACCAUCAAACCACUGGAUCUUGAGGAAAUAAAGCAGUCUGCAGAUGCUUUGUAUUAUUCCGUUUCCUGCGUAAGAGGGGCGAAAAAUGUCCGGUCACUAUACGUUCUGGAUAUCAAUGACAACCCUCCGAUCUUCCAGACCAAUUCAUACACCGGCACAGUGUCCGAUGGGACGCCUGUCGGUUGGGUUUGCCAGAGAGUGAAAGCUAUCGAUAAGGAUGCAACUACAGAAAACAGAAGAGUUACAUAUUCUAUGCUGCCUCCAGUACCAGAACACUUUGGCCUGAGAUAUAACCCACAACACGAUGCAGCUGACAUCGAGUUGGUUAAGCCUGUGAACUACAACAAUGUUAAAAAAUACGUCUUCAUGGUGGAAGCUAAAGAUAUAGGAGGACUCAGGGACACAACAACAAUUACACUAACGAUUGAAGAUUAUGACAACCUAAACCCUUAUUUUGAUCACUGUCUCUACAAGGCAUCCAUUGAGGAAAAUCAGGUCGGACUCUUCUCGGACAUCACUCCUGAGCCCAUAAAAGCUCAAGAUGGCGACACGGGCAUCAACGAGCCUGUAGUUUACAGCAUAACAUCAGUCAUUCCAAAUGAAUAUCAGAACAGCUUUGAGAUCGACCGAAACACUGGGGUCAUCUCUGUGACGGCGGCACUAGACAGAGAGCAAACAGGGCAGAUUGCUGUUGUCAUACAGGCAACUCAGCAGAAUGACGCCAGUAAGACGGCUGAUGCUGUUGUACUCGUCACCAUUGUGGAUGUGAUUGACAACCCACCGAAAAAUUGACCAGGGGGUCCAUUCUUCACACCUUGCUUAAUACAUGUGAGAUGAUCUGACAGAUGCCAGAUCUUUUAAUUGUGAUAUCUGAUUUUUGGCUGAUUUGGUGCUUCAAACAAGUUAGCAGAUUUGAUUCAAAUAACUGGAUUAAGUUGUCUGAGAUUACUUUGUGUUGUUGUGUUCAUUGGAAAAGGAAGAUAUGUCAAUACUUAAAACCAUGAUCAGCAAUGUAGUGGAGAUAUCAAUGUAAUGACAUCAUAUAAUUAAGAUAAAGGAAACAGCCCAGCCCGCAACGUGACAUUAAACUGCUAAUGGAUAAAUAAAAUGUGUAACCAUAUUUGUUUUAUCAUUCCCAGUUAUUUUUCAUCAAUUUUAGUAUUUCUAUAGGCUCUGCUUUUUUCAGUUUCA